AUGCCGAAAGCAGUGGAAUUGAAAGGCAUGUUCCGACCUGAUCCACUGCCAAACAACAUAUUUGGACGUGUCUCAGACUGCAGUAAGUGUGAUCUGGUGAAGCUCGGCUGUGCUCUUCGCGCCAUGCAGUGUCGCCCUUCAUGUUGGCUUCCAGCAGAGAUGGUGCGCUUCCACAUGCGAAUUCUGGUUGGGCUUAUCCUGUCCGUUUUCAUCGCAUGCGGCUUCCUUGCAGGUGACAAUGGUCCCGGAGACCUGAUUCUGGGCUUGUCCGUGGGAUUGCUUCUCGUUGUGAUCCAUGUUCCUGAAGCAGGUACGGUGCGCAACCUGCCCUUCUGCUGCCGUGUCAUCUUCUGCGUCAUCAUUGCCGCCUCGACCUUAUAUGCUGCCUUGUGGCCAUGGCAGGAGAUCCCUCCUUUUCUCCCUCCUGACAACCGCGCAGAGUGCGACAAGUGGAUGAUGCUUUUCGCUUUGCUGAUCGUGGCAGCUGUUUACAUCCUUUGCAUCCUCAAGAGUCACCCCCCAACCAUCUACACAAACGACGCCAAAUGGUGCAUGUUUUGUUGGCUACUGUCAACCAUUGCCUACCAAUUUGUAGGGGAUAGAGGUGUUUUCAGGCACUACCGUCGACCCGGCAACAUGAGCUUGGCACUCUCAGUGUUAGUGGCUGUGCAUGGCGUGGUUGUUGGAUGGAUGCUGAUCCUCUUCGAGACUCGCAUCAGACAGUUGGGUUUGGGCAAAUCAAUAUCCCGACUGUGGGUCUUUGUCAUGAGUGCUUCCUUUGUGUUAAGUCCUGUUUGCAUGGCCUUUCGCCCAAAGUUGCUAGCACUCAUCGGCUCGUUCCUUACACAAGCGAUUUUCCUCACGAUAUGGUUGACCUACAGUACCAUGGCCUGCCGGACCUGUUGCCAUGGCAUACAUGUGUUGAUGCUUGAAUGCCGGAGAGCAAGUGGGGUUGCCAAGCAACAGGCUCUUUGGGCUGCCCAAGUCCUAUGGAAGGAACUUUUUCUUGGCGCAACUUUAUUUACUGCAGUCUUUACCACGGCGUUCACGGUAGACUGUAUCAGGUAUUUUGCAAUACUGCAUCCCGAAGAGUAUGAGCAGGAGAAAGAGACCUACUGGACCUUUCUCAGCACUCUUCGUUGUUUCCUCGUCGUGGUGGCGACGAUCGACCUGGCACUUUUUUCGGGGAUUCUUUGGCAAGCGUCCCCACCGGAGGAUGCAGAGCUUGAAUCCUCACAAGGAGUUACAACAGCGUCCAUGCUAGACUUCCUGGAUGCUUCGGAGCAUGCAACGUACCGCACCAAAGUGCAAGAGCUGGCACAGCGAGGUUUCCGCUUGCAAUCACUGCUGAACUACUGGGAAGAGCUGCUCGAGGGUGAUGUGAUGCCCAGUUUUGAUCCUCGAUGGUCCCAGACCAACGAUGUGGUGCGACAGGCCAUCAUCCCGUCAUCUCGCGUGGAGGAGGGUGGCCGGGCGUUGGCAGAGAUUUGGGAAGUGCGGCCGGUACUUCCACAGAACAUGGUCACUCACCACUGGAGCAACAGCUUUGCGCAUUUGGUGGGAGCAAUGCUGGCAGAUGCGUUGGAGAGGACGACCUAUGAGGAGCUUACUGAGGAGCUUUGCAGCUUGAGUGGGGUCACCCGCAUCAGGAGGAGGCUACGAGAAGCGCACCGACUGGAGUCUACCUAUUGGGUUUGCGCCUUUUCGGUGAACCAACAUGCGAGCAUUUGUGGAGGGUAUGGGCCAGAGCCACGAAGAGGAACUGCAGAUUGGAAGGAGUGGGACAAGAAGAGGCAUGACUCUGUGAGUUUUCACCGGUUCAAGCUGUGUGAUUGCCACGAGCCUAAGCUGAUGAGCCAUCACGAGGCUGCGUGUGAGCUGAAUAAGUUCGAUGAUAUGAUCCGCUUCUUGUCCCAGAGAGUCACCACCUUCGAGCAUUUGCUUGUGGUCGACCAGCACUUCGACGUCUUGUACAGAGCCUGGUGUGUCGCGGAAAUCGUGGAAGGUAAUGCACUGGGCAUUCCAGCAAAGAUUAAGGUGUACUCGCAGAAUGCUGUGGAUUGCAACUAUGACCGUCUAUCUUUGCUGGACGUUCGGCAGUGCUCCGCCAGUUCGCAGGAAGACAAAGACUUCAUCUUGCAGAAGAUCGGGAACAUACAGGCUUUUAAUUUGAAGUUGCAACAGCUGGUCUUCAGUUCUGAAGGCCUUUUCUCUGACUGGGUGGAUGGCAAGGAGCGCUCACGCCUGGUGGGCCGCAUUUGGCGCCGUUCGGCCUGCCACAGUCGCUUCCUCCGCGGUCACAGCUGCUCCUCCUCAGAGGAGGACCUCCCCUCUGACAGCUCGGGCGUUUCGACGUCGGAGGCGUCGGAGAGCUCCGAGCUGUCGGAGAGUGGCCAGUGA